CGUACCUUUCAUCUUUGUUAAAAAACAUAAAAAAACAUAAACAUACCAUGUUAAAGUGCGUGGGUCUAUAGUUAGCCUCAAAACCAGCUUGUAAAGUCCGACUAAUAAUCUCAACAGUGUAUUAUUGAUUUUAGCAACAAAACUGAAACAUGUACUUGACCACGUGUAUCAUUGACAGUCUUGCUUGACAUGCCUUACAGGACUCAUCCAUGUCGGAAAGAAAGAAGGUAUAAUUUUCAGUCAUCAAGAAAACAAGAAGAUUAUUCAAGUUCAAAUUACAGAGAAUGUUCUUUAGCAAUCUAUUUCUUUCUUUCUUUGGAAAUGGCCUUUCUCUUCUUAUAAGCUUUCUUUGUUCCAGAGUCUAAUUAAUUGUUUCUGCUCAUUGAAUCCAAGUCCUAACUACAGCUUAUUAGAACUUCAUCUGUGAGUCUAUAACGAUGGCCUCCAUUACUGGACAUCAUUCACUAUCGAGAAAGCCAUCACGUCUCCCGUCUCCCUUCCUUAACACAAAAUCUUAUAAUUUCUCCAAAUUUGAUCCCCACUCUAUUCCAACAAAACCUUCUUCUUCUCAUUCUCUACAAGUCACAAACUUGUUCUCUGACUCAUUCAGAAAUCUAUCCAUCAAAAACAGCGCUACAGCUAUUGAAAAGCCCAUUUCUGCCAUCACCGCCACAAAAGAUGUCUCUCCUCCUCCAUCUGUGUCACCAUUCAAAGAAUGGUCACUUAAGGGAAAGAUUGCUCUUGUAACUGGUGCUACCAAAGGAAUUGGACAUGCUAUAGUUGAGGAGUUAGCUGGACUUGGAGCGGUCGUUCAUAUGACAGCUCGAAACGAGGCCGAAAUCCAGAAAUGCUUGAAAGAUUGGGAAAAAAAAGGUUAUCAAGUUACUGGUUCAGUGUCUGAUGCUUCAGUUUCAUCUGAUAGAAAAAAGUUAAUCCAGAAUAUCUCCACUGCUUUUAAGGGAAAACUUGACAUCCUUGUAAACAAUGCUGGAACAGCUAUUUUCAAAGAAACCUUGAAUUUCACAGAUGAGGAUCAUUCGAAGAUAUUUGCUACCAACUUUGAUUCUGGAUACUAUCUGUCAAUACUUGCACACCCUCUCUUAAAAGCUUCUGGUUCAGGAAACAUAGUUUUCAUCUCUUCUGUUGCUGGGGUCGUUGCUUUGCCUUUUGUAUCCAACUAUGCAUCUUCUAAAGGAGCAAUUAACCAAGUGACGAAGAAUUUCGCUUGUGAGUGGGCCAAAGACAACAUUCGUGUCAACAGUGUUUCGCCAUGGUCAAUUAAGACCCCGAUUGUUGAAAGGGAAAUCCAAAAAGAAGGAUACGUAGAGCGCGUAAUCUCUAGGACUCCAAUGAGGCGUUUUGGAGCUCCAAAUGAGAUCUCACCUCUUGUCGCGUUCUUAUGCCUCCCUGGUGCUUCAUACAUCACCGGUCAAGUUAUUUGUGUUGAUGGUGGAUUUUCAGUAAAUGGAAACUUCCCGGCACAUGACUAGCUAGCUGGCUGGAUCCUGUCGAUUUAUGAAUAAAAUUUGGGAAAUACACUGAUCUGAAGCUUAUGUGUGAGAGACUAAUUUACACCCAUAACGUUGUGUGACAUUCGUUUUUUUAUCUUUAGUUGGAUGGUAGAGGGCCUUCUGCAAUACUAUAGCUUUUCUAAUCUCUGAAAUCCGCUGUUAAAAGCAAGCAAAUAUAAUCCUAAAACCUUAUUUAGGCCCUUUGUUGUUCUA